AUGGUGACCGAACUGAGAGACGUCUCCAACUUGCUGCAAAACUUGGAGAUUGGGAAUGCCAGAGUCGAGGACUCCAAAUGCUCCAAAUGCAAGGGCGACUUCAGACACCCGCUAGAAAUGCCCUGUCGCCAUAUUCUUUGCUUCCCCUGCGUCGUUGCCUGCUGCACAAAAGCGUACGCUGAAAACAUCGUCUGUCCUUCCUGCCAUUCAAAGGUCACCUUCCCACUUGGCUCGAUCAAAAAUUUGCCGCCGAUUCUUGACACGCGCCAGCAAAGACUCUCGCCCGAAGAAAUUGAUGCUAUUUUGAAACAGGCGAGUCAACGGGUCAACCCGCGGCGCGUGAUUGAGCUCGAUGGAAGCUUCGUCGAAGAUGAGUCGUUCGAGGUGAUCGAUGACGAUAAUUCUGAUAGCGAGGAUGGCGACUCCAUCGCGAUUUUGAGCGGCUCAUCGUUUGAGGAGGAGGAGCCAGAAGAAUCUGAAACCAAAACUAAAACAACAACGGAGACGGAGACAGAGAGCCGAGUGUUGUCUGAUCUCAGCGAAGCUUCAUCCUACGAGCAGCCCUAG